CGCUCACCUUGAAACCGGAGCAUUGGGACUUAUACAGCAGGCAUGGCUCCUACAGUAACCAAGAAGCGCACUACAGCGCGCGCAAAAGUAGCUCGAGUCCCCAAGCCUACAACAACCAGUGCUGCCACAUCCGCAAGCGCAGCAGGAAGCGGCGUCUUCGCCUCGAAAACCGACAGACGCGCCCACAAGCACUCCUCGUUCGUCUCCAAGAUCGAGAAGAACUCAUCCAAGACGUUAAAGCGACGGCGGCCGAACAAGAAACUGGUCGCGACGCUCGAAUCCCUCGCAGAUGCUCUCCCGGGUCUUGAGGAUGGUGAAGGCGACAGGGACAACGAUAGUGGUGAUAUGGUGAUUGGACAAGCGAAGAUCCAGAAGCGGAGGAAUCUCAAGAGCUUGAAGAGUCGACCGGGCGCAAUGAAACGGAAAGAGAAGCUGGAAAGAAUGGAGAGGGAGCGGUUCAAUGCAAAUUUAGCGCAGAUGGCUGGCAAGAACGAGAAUACCACAUCUAUUGCAGAUCGGUGGGCAGCUUUGAAGAGCCACGUGCAAAGCACUGUGGAGACCAAGGCCGAAUUUGCGGAGAAGAAGGGUUGAAAGUUCAAAGAUGCCAGAAACGAAAAUUCACGGUCGACCACAGAAGGUGCUGCUGGACAUAUGAAUGCAUAAACCUUACCGACAAUGUGGUCAUGCAAGCAGAGCUUUUCCGUCUUCUCUAGAGGCAUGGUGGAUGUGCAAAACCAGCAAUGGGAGACUCGGACGGGAUUCUACAACGGCUCGGCAGCCUGCGACUAUGAUAUUCGAUGCCAGUAGGCUCUCAAUGUCAAUCAGUCUUGUAAUCCGAAAGCGAGGGCUCGCUAGCUCUAACGGACAAGCGUUCGAGGAUUGGAUAGUGCAGGGAAAGGCCCAUGUAUGCAUUUGACUAGCCAAUUUCUUGAUACGGCUGCGUCAUAUGUGAACAUCUCAGCCGUCUAUUCGCCAGCAAACGAGCUGAAUUAGUGUCCAUAGAUCAAGAAAAUGAACAUUAGACUACAGUGCUGUCACGGCC